GAUCUCAUUUUGUGUGUACAAGUUCUCUUUCUAUAACUCCCUGGUCUUGGCAGAGAUUCUCCAAACCACUAGUUCUGUGUGAGCAUUAUCUAAAAGAUGAAACGCAUGGAUAUCUUCUGUGCAUCUCAAGCUUCAACAGCGAUAUGUCUGAGCAUGGAUGAAGCUUCGUGCUCCUCUUCUUCCAACACCAUUCUGCUUGGAGGCAGAGUCAUUGACCGCCACAACCCCAUUAUCAAUGACUCAAGAAGGAGCACUUCAAAAUCUCUCACUGCCCCUUGUUCCUCCGCUCACUCACCCAUCAACCCCAAGCCUUACCAUGAGCUCCAUAAGUCCAAGAAAAACACUUCUUCUUCUUUCAAAUCUGCAGCCAAGGGCCAUCAAAAUCACAAGAACAAAAACACCCCUCAACAUCUCACCAACACUUCUGCUUCAACUAGAUCUUUGGUCGGUGGCUCCUCCUUAGUCGAUGCUUCUUCUUCUUCACAUUAUGAUCCAGUUUUGGGCUUAACUACUCCUACGGUUAAUACCAGAACUUCUCAAGUUCUUCAUCGAGAUGAAACCACUCCUGUUUCUAAACUUUCUACCUCUUCUCAUCCAAAAUCUUGUUCCUCAGACCAGGUUGUGGUAUUGAGGGUAUCUUUGCAUUGCAAAGGUUGUGAAGGGAAAGUGAGGAAACAUCUCUCCAGAAUGCAUGUUGUUGAUUCUAUGAGCAGGAGUUACUUCCUUCAACAUAGAUUUUGCUGCAAAGAAGGUGACAGUUGUUGGAGAUGUGACUCCAUCGAGUGUAUUGGCUAGCAUAUCGAAGGUGAAAAAUGCACAAUUAUGGCCAGCUACUGUUGAAACAAAGUAAUAAAUUUAUCUGAGAGGGAAGUAGAAUAUUGAUAUUCAUCUAUGCUUGAGUCUGCAGUUUAAUUAUUGUAAAUGCAAAUGUUAACAAGAAUAACUGUGCCUUUAAAGGUAGUAAAAAAGAAGGCAGAGUUUUGGAGAAUUAUUAUGAACUUGACAUUUUUUCUAGUUACAAAUAAUUUUCUAUCUAAAUUUCAAGCUCAAGAUUUAUUGUUUUGAAGUGUGACUUGUGAAGUUCACAUGUUAGUAUUCAUCCAGUUCACAUGUCAGUAUAUGUGUUUUUAAUGGUAAGAAA